AUGAGACGUGAGCAGCAUCGCCUCGACAUCGUUCUCGAAGUGCUUCACAGCGUGAUGAUGUGUUUGCAACCCUUGUCUGGAGUGGUGGCCGCCGUGUGGUCGUCCCCUCCGAGGAGGCCACCCACUGGGACCUUUGUCUUGUGCAGCCACCUCAUGAAGAUGUUGAGGUAUUUCGUGUUCUGGGCUGUGCGGCCAUGCACAAUUUUGACCUUGACCUCAUUGUGGAAGGUCAUCCAUGCUGGUUUGGCCAGCCUCGUAGCCUCGGCGUCCAACGCAAGCCCGUUGCCCUGUGACCACGAGCCCACGUGCCGCCGCUGUUGA